GGCUAUAAAAGACGCCUGCGCGCCAUCCCGACUGGCACUCUCUUUCUCUUUCUCUGUCUUCCCACAUCCACACACUUACUUCACUCAUUCGGUCUGUGAUCUCCAGCGUUUCAGCAUGAGCUAUUCCGGCGAUAUGUACACGAGCAGCUCCUACAGGAAGAUUUUUGGAGAUGCGCCGAGGCGCGUCCCGACGGCGAGUUACCGCUCCGGAGCGCAGCAUCAGCAGCAGCAGCAGCAUCAGCACCGCACCUACGGCUCUCCAUCCCCAAUGAUCAUAUCCUCAAGUUACCGGACCAAACGCGGCUUCCAGCCCAUGCCAGACACCGUGGACCUGACGCAGACCACCGCCAUCACCAACGAGCUGAAGAUCAUCCGCACCAACGAGAAGGAGCAGCUGCAGGGCCUAAACGACCGCUUCGUGACGUUCAUCGAGAAGGUGCACUACCUCGAGCAGCACAACAAAGUCCUGGAGGCGGAGGUCGCGCUGCUGCGCCAGCGUCACAGCGAGCCGUCGCGUCUGCACGAUCUCUACGAGCAGGAGAUCCGCGAGCUGCGCGCGCGCGUCGAGGAGCUGACGCACGAGAAGAGCCAGAUGCACCUGGACUGCGUGCAGAUGAACGAGGCUCUGGAGCGCCUCAAGGACAAGCUGGAGGAGGAGAGCCGGCUGAGGGAGGAGGCAGAGAGCAGCCUGAAGGGAUACCGCAAGGACGUGGACGACGCCACGCUGACGCGUCUGGAGCUGGAGAAGAAAGUGGAGUCGCUGCUGGAUGAGAUCGCCUUCCUCAGGAAGGUGCAUGAGGAGGAGCUGCAGGAGCUCCAGGCGUCGCUUCAGUCCACGCAGGUGUCUGUUGAGAUGGACGUCAGUAAGCCUGACCUCGCUGUAGCCCUGAAGGACAUUCGUGUCCAGUACGAGUCUCUCUCCGCCCGGAACCAGCAGCAGGCGGAGGAAUGGUACCGCUCCAAGUUCACUUCUGUGACGGAGGUGGCGGCGCGCAACAACGAUGCUCUGAAGCAGUCCAAGGACGAGCUGUGUGAGUACCGCCGACAGCUGCAGGCCCGCACCCUGGAGAUCGAGGCCCUGAAAGCCCAUAACGAGGCCUUAGAAAGACAGCUGGCGGAGAUGGAGGACCGCCAAAACAACGAGAUCGGCGAGCUGCAGGACACUAUUCAGCAGCUGGAAUCUGCUCUGAGGAGCACCAAAGGUGAGAUGUCCCGUCAUCUGCGUGAAUACCAGGAGCUGCUAAACGUCAAGAUGGCGCUGGACAUCGAGAUCGCAGCCUACAGGAAGCUGCUGGAAGGUGAGGAAUGCCGUCUGAGCUCUGUGGGCGGAGCCUUGCAGCACUCCGCCUACUAUUACACACCGAGCCGCACUUAUGCUCUGAGGAAGGGCGGAGCCAACCCCGAGACUGAAGAAGAGCAGGAAGAGGAAGAAGAGGAGGAGAAGGAAGAAGAGGAGGAGGAGGCCGAGGAAGGAGAAGAACAGGAGGAAGGAGGCGAUGAGGAGGAGGAGGAAGAACAGGAGGAUGAGAAGGAAAAGGAAAAAGUGGAUGAGAAGAAGGAAAAGGAAGAAAAGAAGAGCCCAAAGGAACAGAAAGAGAACGAGAAGGAGAAAGAGAAAGAAAAGGAGAAGGAGAAGAAGAGCGAUAGCAAUAAGGAAGACAGCAAGAGUGAAAAGGGGGACAAUAACAAGGGCGAGAAGGCCUCUGCGCUCAAGAGCAAGUAAAGCUGCGUCCCUCCGACAAAUUCACAUCAACAUCCACUCAUCCUCGCCUCAUUUCACUGGGCACGGCUGAUUUCAUCUGGAUCUCUGCGGGAAAGCAACGAGCCGGUAGUGAAAGCGCUAAAACGGAAGGUUGGCUAGUUUUCUGUACAGCACUCGAGAGAUGAAGAGAGCCUAUGAAGUAGUUCAGCUGAACAU